AUGUCAGGUUUAUUAUUAAAUCCAGUAGCAUUUAAGGUUAUGAUUGAGGAAGCGGAUCCACGUUUAAUAGGAUUUUUUGACAUUGCAAUAAUACCUAAUACACAUUCAACUGGAUCAAAUAAUGAAUCUACAGACGCAAUGCAUAAAAAUUGGAGUAGCAAUGAUUUUCAUUCAAUUAAAGAAAAAAGAAGAUCCAAUGCUACUUGGCUUUCAACAGGUCAUCAUAUGACAACAUGUAUAUGUAAACAAAUAACUAGCUGCCCACAAAUUCCCAUUACUUAUAAUGGUGCUUCAAUUUAUAAUCCUACGAAUAUAGAUGUAUAUAAUAUUAAUAAUCACAUAUCACAAAAUGGUAGUAAUGAACUUACCGAAGAAGAACAAGACAAUGAAGAACAAGACAAUGAAGAACAAGAGGAGGGAAUAGAAGAAAUGAAUGAUUCUGAUUUAACUACAAUAUCAUUUAAUUAA